ACUUUACACCACUUUUCUUAGCACGCAUCUCAUCACAAUCCACUUCCUUUCAUCACAUCACAUCCUAAACAAAAGUAAUACUGUAACCAAUUAUGGCAUCAUCUUCAACCUUAGCUUUGAGAACCAUCUCCUCUUUCUCUGUGAAACCCUCUUCCACCACCCCAAAAUCAUCACUCACCACCUUCUUGCCCUUCACUUCAUCAAACCCCUCUUCUUCUCUCUCCAAAACUCUCAAACUCAACAGCACCUCUUCCCCACACUCACUGCCCCACAAGUCUUUCACUUGCAGAAGCCAGGCUGAACCAUCAUCUCACUCAGCCAAAGUACAAGAACUUAGUGUCUAUGAGAUCAAUGAGAGAGAUCGUGGAAGCCCUGCUUACCUUAGAUUGAGCCAGAAAACUGUAAAUUCCCUUGGUGAUCUUGUCCCCUUCAGUAACAAGUUGUACUCUGGAUGCCUGCAAAAGAGGGUUGGUAUAACAGCAGGAAUUUGUGUUUUGAUCCAAAACAAAGCAGAGAAGAAGGGAGAUAGGUAUGAGGCAAUCUACAGCUUCUACUUUGGGGACUAUGGUCACAUUUCAGUGCAGGGUUCUUACCUGACCUAUGAGGACACGCUUCUUGCUGUGACUGGUGGAUCUGGCAUCUUUGAAGGGGUGUAUGGCCAGGUCAAGCUGCACCAGAUUGUGUUCCCCUUUAAGCUGUUUUACACGUUUUAUCUAAAGGGUAUCAAGGACUUGCCUCAGGAGCUUCUUUCCAAGCCCAUUGAGCCCAGCCCAGGUGUUGAGCCCAGCCCAGCUGCCAAGGCCUGUGAACCACAUGCUGUUAUUGCUGGCUUCACUGAAUGAGGAUGAACAUUUUUUUUUGUUCUCUUCAUUGUUGACUUAGUUUGAAGACAUUGCUACAUGUUCACAAUUUAACCACCGUUUUCUUUUGUUCAAGUUUAUGUAAGUGUUGGUCAAGAUGGUAGAGUUUUUGUUGUUGAAUAAAGAAAGGGACUAGUGAGGUAAUUGGGUUUUGUCGUGGUGGAGCAAUGGGAAUUUAGAGAAGCAUGUGCUUUUGUUAAUGUAGUAGAUGAGUACUUAGCGGUGGGGACCAUAUAUUCAAGAAACUGUUGUGCUGAAUGUGCAAUUAUUGUUGUUGAGAUAAUGUUCAUCUUCCAGAAUCAUGUAGUUUAAAUUUGUUAAAGAUUUAAUGGAUUUUUAAGAUUGAUUUUGCCUCGUA